CAUUACCAGCUGUGUUGUUUUUGACUUCUUUUUCUCGCAUCCGGUGCACGCAUUGUUGCUGAUUGACGACCAGACUGCAGAAUGGCUCCAAGGAAGGCUAAAGUUCAAAAGGAGGAGGUGCAGGUCCAUCUGGGGCCCCAAGUUCGCGACGGCGAGGUCGUGUUCGGAGUGGCUCACAUCUACGCCAGCUUCAACGACACCUUCGUCCAUGUCACUGAUCUGUCCGGACGUGAGACCAUCGCCCGUGUCACCGGAGGCAUGAAGGUGAAGGCCGAUCGUGAUGAGGCUUCUCCCUACGCCGCUAUGUUGGCCGCCCAGGACGUGGCUGAGAAGUGCAAGACGCUGGGCAUCACUGCCCUGCACAUCAAGCUGCGCGCUACUGGCGGCAACAAGACCAAGACCCCCGGACCUGGCGCCCAGUCCGCUUUGCGUGCCUUGGCCCGUUCGUCCAUGAAGAUUGGCCGCAUCGAGGAUGUGACCCCCAUCCCAUCGGACUCCACCCGCAGGAAGGGCGGUCGCCGGGGUCGCCGUCUGUAGAUAUGGAUCGUGCUACCUGUUGACGUUGCUUUAUAUUCUUAUACCAUUAAAUACGUGCAUAAAUGCAGUGGCAAGGGCA